AUGCUCUCAAGUAUUCAUAACUACUUUGUCGUCAAGUCCUACCAAAGUGAUAUAAAUACAUCACCUUCCCUUGAACCUUGGGAACGAGCAUUACUAUAUUUCGCAAGUGCAAAUUAUCCGGAAAGUAAUAUUCACUAUCCACUAAAAAUCUGUGAAUACCACUCUCUUUAUCUAUGA